AUGGACGAAUCCGCAAACAAAGGUCUGGAAUCGAAGGUUAGUGAUGCAGACACUCCACUACAAAGGAGCUUAAGGAGAUUCGGCGAGAAACAUAGGGCACUCGCCCUGGAAGAAUCCGAGAUCAAAAGUCUGGACGUUAUCGGUGGUUAUGCAAAGAUUCCAAAAAGCGGCAUUAUUAGAAGGAUGGUGGUCAAGGGAUACGACACCUCCCCUCCUAGGGAGGAUGUAGAAGAGGCUCUGAGAAAACACUUCGCAUCACGUGGAAUAAAGUUAAUACAUGUUUCUGUUCCCGUUGACUACUACGACAGUCGUAUUCCCUGCUGCAGGAGUCACGCUUUAAUCUAUGUUAAUGAAGAAUGUGAAGCAGAGGCAUUGAAGCUCAAUGGAAGUGACAUGGGAGGAGGAGACCGUAUUUUAGAAAUUACUGCUUACCCUUUUGCCGACAAUCACCUUGACCAUGUCUUUGCUCCUACCAUUGUCACAGAGCAAUACAAACAGCGCGGGUUGAAAGUUACAGGAUUUAAUACUUCCCUUGCUAGCAAGGAUGAUAUCAUGAAGAUGGUAAGUAAGGCUUUCCCUGGAUCCGGUUGUUUUGUUCAUAGGGGCGGGUGUUGUCUCGUUUUACUCCAUGGUCAAGAUGCUGUUGAAAAUGCUCUGAAACUUAGUGGAGGUUCUGUCGGAGGCUUUAAAAUUGCAGUUGAUAAGGUCCUCCCAAUAAAAAAGGUGACCGUUGGCACAUAUCCCAAAGCGUGGAUGGCUUUUGCUGAGGGAAAACAGAAGACGAUCAUGACUAAGGACUAGAAAAUCUCUCUCUCUCUUUUCUCUCGUGUUAUUAACUAAAGUUCUUUGAAUUCUAUGUAUUUAUCCGUGUGUGCUGUUUUUAUGAUAAGACAUUGUAAAAACAAUAUGGCAAAACUUCGUUGUCCAAUCAAGUUUUUAGUAACUUAAAAAGACAGCUUAAUAUCUAUAUGUUUC